AUGGGAAGCGAUAGCGAGACAGAAAAAAGUGCCCACAAAGAGAGAGAGAAGAAGAAGUUACUGGCUCUUGCCCCCAUCGCUAAACCCCUUGCCGGCAAAAAACUUUGCAAACGCACCCUCAAACUUGUCCGCCGAGCUGCAGAGCACAAGUGCUUGAAAAGAGGAGUUAAGGAGGUGGUCAAAAGCAUUCGCCGUGGAAAUAAAGGAUUAUGUGUAAUAGCCGGGAACAUAUCUCCGAUAGACGUCAUCACUCAUGUUCCAAUCUUAUGUGAAGAAGCUGACAUUCCAUAUAUCUAUGUUACCUCAAAAGAACACCAGAUGGAUCGAAUUCGAGUUCUAGUCAUCCCCACAAAAUAUUUCUUGCACAUUCUUUUCUCCUCGGCCUGGCUUUCUGCAGUGCUGCUCUGA